GUCUAGCUAACUUCAACAGCGUCGACAUGAAAAAAAAAACAACCAUAAAACGCUGGUUUACCUUCUUGUGGUAGCAGCACUGGGAGAAGAACUCCGGAACAGAAAGCCUCCUUGUGAGCAAAGUUAGAGGACUUAUUAAGCAUUUCUUGGUCACAGCAGCCGCCAUCGUGGUGUUGGAUGGAAUAAUAACAGUAGUAAAGUGGAGUGACGCAGUUAUAAAGAGGAAGAGCGGCUCGAGACGAGCUGGAGACACUACGUCACAGCAAAGGGGGCGUUGCCACAGUCUACUGCGCAUGUCGGGGGAUACUGUUCAAGAUGAGUGUGGAUUAUAUAGAGUACGAAGAUUACACCGCCAACAACGAGACGGAGACAAACUUCACCUCCUUUGGAACACUGCACGUCAGCAGUCCUCAGUCGUCUUUGACUUCUCUUCUGGUGGCUUUCAACAUUAUCAUAUGCACCGUCGGCCUGGCGGGAAACUCACUGGUGAUCUGGAUCUGCGGAUGGAAAAUGAAAAGAACUGUCAUCACUACUUGGUACAUCAGCCUGGCCAUCUCCAACCUGCUGUUUUGCGUCUUUCUGCCCCUGGAGGUGAUCUACAUGAUGACCUCGCAUUGGCCCUUUGGACUGGUGCUGUGUAAGCUCACGUCCGCCACUCUGUUUCUCAACAUGUACAGCAGCGUGUUUCUUUUGGUUCUGAUCAGCGCCGAUCGAUGCAUAGUGGCGUGCUUUCCCGUGUGGUCGCGUAAUCACCGCACGGUACAGAGGGCCUCUGUGGUCGUCGUCCUCACGUGGUUCCUUUCAGCGCUCCUCACCUUGCCAUCGCUGAUCUACAGGCGUACCACCCCGUAUGGAGCCGCCACACAGUGCGUCACGCGUUACGCAGAUGUACCCGUACACAAGGCGGUGGUGCUGACUCGCUUCACCUGCGGGUUCCUUAUCCCUUUUGUUGCAAUUGUGCUGUGCAGCUCGGUGCUCGGCGCAAAGUUGAGAGGCAUGAGCAUCAAGUCAACCAAGCCCUACAAGAUCAUGGCAGCGCUCAUCCUGUGUUUUUUUGUGUGCUGGGUUCCCUAUAACACAUUUGUCCUCCUGGAGGUAUACUUGAAGACCCUCAGCUUGGAGAGUCUUCACACUGGGAUGAAGGUAGGGGUGACUCUGGCAGCGGCCAACAGCUUCAUAUCUCCAAUUCUCUACAUCUUCAUUGGGAAUGACUUCAGUCAAAUCUUGAGGCACUCGCUGACACAGAGGUUGGAGUCGGUAAUGGCGGAAGAUUUUCGUACCGGAGGCCUCAGUUACUCGCAGGCUCAGUCGACACAAGCUGUUUGAUUGGACACAAAAAAAAACACGUCAUUCAUUGGAUGAUGUUGUGUUUCAUGGUAUGAUUGUGUUUCAGUUAUUUUGAACAUGCAUAAUUGUUACAUUGGAAUAUGUCACUACGAUGUUACAAUUCACAAUUCCAAGAAGCAAAUCUUAUGAAUUCUACUCCAUCUUCGUUUAACAUCACUUGCUAAUAUAUUUGUAUGACAAUGUGUUACAAUAGACUUCAGGUUUGUAAAUCAAUAUAAGUACUAAUUAUUUACAAUAUUUCUCAUUCUGACAAAAAUGUCACAUGGGCACUAGGCUUGGGAUGAUAAUAAAUUAAUGAAUUAAUACCACAAUAAAUUAACUUGAUAAUUUUGCUGGCCUCUAUAUAUUGCCAUGUUCAUCCAUGUCUGUUUUCUUCGUCUCUCGGCUCUAAACAGGCAGAAAGAAAGUUCACAAGAUUUCAGCACCUUCCGUGUGGGAUGGGCUGGUCAAACCUGUUCAAAAACUGCCCACCUCACAUCCCCCUUUAGUUUCUUUGAGCUACUGAAGACAAACCUCAAUUUAAAUACUACGGACCAUUUUCUCUAUUGCCACAAAUUUCCAAAAUCAUUAACAAGCUAUUGAACAAACAGGUUAGACAAUUUUAUAAAUAAAAAUCAAUUACUCACAGACAGCCGAUAUAUCUA